AUGGCGGCGGGGAGCAGCCGUGGGGAUCCCCUGGGGCUGCUGCCAGAACCGAAUCCUUCCUCGGCGGAGGGUCGAUGGGGCGACCAUGAGCCCACAGCGCAGAUCCAAUUUAAAAUUCUGAGAGGACACAGUGAUACUGUGAGCUCCUGCCAUUUUUGCUUUGAAGACACAAAAAUACUUUCAUGCUCUUAUGAUAGAACAGUGAAGCUCUGGGAUGUGGAGAAAGGUUUUCCUGUUCAAGUUUUUGAAGAACACAGCGCCCCAGUUUCUGAGUGCAGCUUGACUCCUGAUGACAGAAGAGUGGUAACAUCAUCGUAUGAUAACACUGUCAAGGCUUGGGACAUGGAAACAGGAAAAAUGCUUUGGACAGUAGAACAUGAAAGCAUUGUAACUUCAUGUAAUAUUUCUUGUGAUGGUAGAUAUGUGGUAUCUGGUUCAGAAAAAGAAUAUACCAUAUAUAUUUUUGAUGCAACAAGUGCAACAGUAGUGGCACAUAUCCAAGGUCAUCACAAAAGCACAAUCACGAGAUGUUGUUUUGACCCUGAUAACCGAAGAGUGGCUUCAGUAUCAUAUGAUAAGACCAUAAAGCUAUGGGAUAUGAUAACACGAUCCACCUCAAUUACCAUUAAUGAGGGACACAGCAAUGUAAUCUCAGAUUGCUGCUUUACCUCUGAUGGCCAUUACUUGUGCACAGCAUCCUGGGACAGAAGCUUAAAAAUAUGGGAUAUAAAGACAGAAGAAUUCCAGUGUCAUGAACCUCUUUCUUUGAAUGAAGGACAUGAGGGUUCUGUUAGUUCCUGUAUUUUCAGUCAAGAUGCAUCACUUGUUGUGUCUGGUGGAUAUGACAAAACUAUAGCUAUAUGGGACACAGAUGCAGGCUAUAAAAAGCUAAGCUUAAAGGGUCAUUGGGACUGGGUGACAGAUGUUGCGAUUAGCAAAAACAAGAAAUGGAUUCUUUCAGCCUCAAAGGAUUCUACUUUGAGAUUGUGGAAUAUUGAAAAGAUGGAUCAUAUUCCUUCAGUGACAGAAACUGGAAAAGCAAGAGGCUCAAAUAUUGCUCAGUGUGAAGAAUGUGAAAAACCUUUCUUCUGCCUGCAACGUAGUGGCUCUGAAACGAUAACCAAGUGUGUGUUCUGUCGUCUGUCUUCUCCAGUGCCUGUUGAAUUGCCAAAGCAAUCGCUACGCUUUGCAGAGUCUGAUGCCACUCCAGGCCUGUGGGAGAUGAUCCGUCCCGAUACCCCCGGGUUGUGGCCCAGGCUCCGCGGUCGUUGGUGGCUGGUUCCUGCCCG